ACCUCUAUCCCUCCCUUCCCUUCUGGUGCCUCUCCCACUCCCGCUCUGAUUCUGUAAGCAAAGAGAGAAAGAGAUCUCGGGAAGAAUAUCAGAUCCGCAAGUGCUUUCGACCAAUCCCCUGAAUUUGAUCUGAGAACCUCAGCGCUGCUAUAUCAAACCGUCGUCGUCGUCGUCGGCGGCAGCAGCAGCAGCAGCAGCGUCAUCUCCGCCAGCAGAUGCGGAUCUUGCAGCUGGGUUUGCUGGUUGCUCUCGCGUCGAGUGUCGCCGCGAUCCUCAUCUACAUCGUCGGACUCUCCAAUCCCUAUGAUAGGUUUACGGUUACGGAUGAUGAUCGGAGCGCGUUGAGGGCACUGCAGAGUGGCUUUAAGAAAUGCGUGGAUGCUAAAGGUUUAGGAUUGCAAGCUCUGAUCAGCCAGGAUUAUUGUCAUGUCACAAUUCAGUACCCUAGAGAUACAGUGCCAAAGUGGAGAGAUCCGAAAACUGGAGAACUUGAAGGCUUAUCAUUUGAUUUCAACCUUUGUGAAGCAGUUGCUACAUGGGAGCAGGUUCGCAAUAGUUCUUCCAUACUCACAAAAGAGUUUAUUGAUGCUUUGCCAAACGGAUGGGAGGAAUAUGCAUGGCGCAGGAUCAACAAAGGAAUACAACUUGAUCGGUGCAAGAAUAGGACAUUAUGCAUGGAAAAACUUUCUUUAGUACUUCCAGAAACACCACCUUUUGUGCCCAAGCAAUUUGGACGAUGUGCUGUUGUUGGUAACUCUGGGGAUCUUCUAAAAACAAAUAUUGGAAAAGAAAUAGAUGGCUAUGAUGCUGUUGUUAGAGAAAAUGGAGCUCCCAUCCAGAACUACACAAAAUAUGUUGGUCGGAAAAGUACAUUUCGCCUUCUUAAUAGAGGAUCUGCUAAGGCACUUGACAAAGUUGUAGAAUUAGAUGAAACUAAGAGGGAGGUGCUGAUCAUCAAAACCACUAUUCAUGACAUCAUGAAUAAAAUGAUCCGGGAAGUCCCAAUUGGGAAUCAAGUAUAUCUCAUGUUAGGUGCAUCAUUUGGCUCUUCAGCUAAAGGAACAGGGCUUAAGGCUCUUGAGUUUGCUCUAUCCAUCUGUGACACUGUUGAUAUGUAUGGUUUCACCGUGGAUCCAGGAUACAAGGAAUGGACAAGAUACUUUUCAGAGUCUAGGCUGGGGCAUACUCCACUUCAUGGGAGAGCAUAUUAUCAGAUGAUGGAGUGUCUAGGACUUGUUAAGAUCCAUUCUCCAAUGCGAGCCGAUUUUAGUAGAGUAGUUAACUGGUUACCAAGUGAAAGCAUACUUAAUGCUGCUCGAACUGCAUCUGAGAAAGUUCUGAGGAGGAUUGGAGCUGGGAUGGAUGACCCACUUAGUGCGUGUUCUAUUAUAAAGAAACGUAGCACGGGAAAGUCUCCCAGUAUCUCAGGCCUAAGAGAGGCUGCUAUCAACCAUCAGAGAUAUAUGAAUGGUGCAACUACUUAUCCUCUGGAGAAAAACACUGGAAAUGGAAUGCUAUGUAUUGUCCCAGACAUAUGAUUGACUCGAUGUCGUCAUUAUGGCUAAAAUCAACAAAGUUCCGAGAAGGUAUCACCAACCAGGUUGAAGUUGAAUUCCGUACUGUUUGAAGCUGACUUGCUAGCUGCACAAGUCAUGCCAAAAUUUUGAUCCUGCAUGGAAAGUUCAAACAAUUCUAGCUCGCUGGCGAAUGAUCUCCUCCAGGUUCCUAGUCUGAUAAGAGAGCCAUGUUUUGUGUUUUGAUCCAGUUUAAAUUCAAGGUAUCUAGUUUGGCAUUGUUUAUUCAGUUAAAAUUGCCUAUUGUCAUAAAUAAUAGGCAAUUUCAUCUUCUUUUUCUGUUCUUUUACUGUUCUUUUGGGUUAUACUUUCUGUUGCAUCUUAGAGCACAAACAAUGAAAUUGCAUGUAUUAUAUUUUCUUCUGUUCGAUCUUUCCUUGUAUUCUGAGAGCUUUCAUGAUC